UUUACAGUAGCAGCAAGAAAAGAUAAUAAUUGAAAAUGCUAUCCAAUCUCAUAAACAAAACAAUCAACACUCAAUAAAAAUGGCUUCUCGAAUCACUUCUCCGGUGGUUGCUUAUCCCUCCGGCCACCCCCUUCUCGCCGCCGUUCACCACCGCCCCACACUUACCUUCCCAUUGGGUCCCACCUCCUACCUCUCCCUCUCCUCCAAUUAUCAUUUCCCCAAGAAGGUGUGCAAUAAUGGUAGAAGGACUAUUAGAGAUUUUUCGAUGAAUGCGCAGACGAUGGAGCAAUUGCCCGUUACUGAUGGCAGAAUGCUAGUGUUUGUUCCUCCACACCCGUUAAUCAAGCAUUGGGUUUCGAUUCUGAGAAAUGAGCAGACUCCUAGCCCUGUAUUCAGGAGUGCUAUGGGCGAAUUAGGUAGGCUGCUUAUCUAUGAAGCAUCACGGGACUGGCUGCCUACUGUAACAGGGGAGAUUCAAUCGCCAAUGGGUGUAGCCUCGGUAGAAUUUGUUGAUCCAAGAGAACCUGUUGCGAUUGUUCCCAUCUUGAGAGCUGGUUUGGCUCUUGCAGAACACGCAUCAUCUAUCUUACCUGCAACAAAGACAUACCACUUGGGGAUGAGCAGAGAUGAGGAAACACUCCAACCAUUUUUGUAUUUAAACAAGCUGCCUGAAAAAUUUACGGAUGAAACUCGUGUCAUUAUUUUGGACCCUAUGCUAGCAACAGGAGGUACAAUAGUUGCAGCUUUGGAUAUUAUAAAGAAGCUUGGAGUUGACAAUAGUCAAAUCAAAGUGGUGUGUGCUGUUGCUGCUCCUCCAGCCCUAAGGAAGCUUAGUGAGAACUUCCAAGGGAUUCAUGUAUAUGCUGGUAUCAUAGAUCCAGAUGUUAAUGAGAAAGGGUUUAUAAUUCCGGGAUUCGGAGAUGCUGGAGACCGUAGCUUUGGUACAUAAAAGUAAUAUAAUUAUACCUGUAGUGAUUUAUAACUCUCAAUUCGGCCCAAAUUUUAAUCAAUGAGAAUCAGCCAUAGAAAAGGUCUACUAUAACUUGUUUCUAAAGUCAUAGAAUAUUAGAUGUGCCCACAAAAGCAUAAGUUAUUGAUGAUAGACUUGGAUUAUAUGAUGAAAAAUAGAAUUUACACUCUGUGGAUCGUUGUAUUUUGUAUUGUUUCAUAAUAACAAGAGGAUAGCUCAAUUCUUGCUUA